AUGGCAUCCUCUCCUCGUUCUGUUGACGAGACCACCAAUCAUGGAACUCCGUCGACCAACCUCACUGCGUUCACCCCUGAGGCCGAGUUCGGGUCCAAGGCACGUGUCACAGACUUCGUUCGCCCUGUCUUGAAGCUUCGUCCUACCAUGCCCAAACACGCGAGCGUCUGCGAUGAAUCUGAAGAAGAUGUCUUCCUGACUGCCCCGGCUGCAGCCAAGGGUCCGCAACUCUCACCUACGGCUGAGGUCUUCACCCCCAAGUUGACCAAUGGCUCCAUUGAGAAAGAUGUUGAGAACCAGACUGGAUACGCUGGCCGUGCCAAAAACAGCAUGGUGACGCAUCGGCCUACCAAGUUCGGGUACUUCCCCAACAAUGUUCCUGGAGCUUUACGUGGUCAGCCCCUUCCAGUCCACCCGAACGCCCUUCGCUACGGGUUCGGCCUCCUCAAGCUUGAAGAUAGUCCUUUCAACCACGUCGCUGGCAUCUUCCUCCACGACUUCAACGUCACCGAAGGCGUCUUCAGCCUUGAUGAGGGUAUCUCGCGUUCAUUCGUCGUCACCGGUGUUCCACUCAACUUGGGAUCUCAUUUCAUCAGCCGCCACUUCCCUGCCGAACACUUCCCCAGUAUCAGAGAUAUCAAGUCCACCGCCAUCACUAGCGGCCUCUUCGUUGUCUCCUGUGCUGAUAUUCGUGACGCAAAGCGAGCUGCGGAUGUCACCAACGCCAUGCUCCCGUUCGCCUACAUCUUUCCUCUCAAGGCUAAGAAGUACGCGUCAGACAACGGUGGAGACCCAUCCCUCGUUAGCGACCACGAAGGACAAAUCAUCAUCAGUAUCUACUACAAUGGAUAUGCGACUGCGCCACCGAUUGAAGCAGCUCCUAUCGUUGAUGAGAUCAAACGUCUCCUUGCGCAGUGUGGUGAUGUCAAGGCAUUUCAUACCAUCCCGGCCACGCAGCCUCUUGUCCGAGAGAUUCGCGUGGAAUUCUUCAAUGCCAACCUUGUUGAUGUCGCCAUAGAUGUCAUCCGCGGAACCGUGAUCCAUGAAGCUGUCUUGGACGUCGCGCCGUUCCAGCCUGAUGUUCGUGUUGCUGCUCCGUUCGAUGAGGAACACCCAGAACAGCUUUCAGUCACUGGUCGCUCAAGAGUCCCCUUUGAUCCUGAGUAUGAUCGUAUUGCUCAUGCAAUUCAACAUGAUGGUCUUCGUCAUGGUCGUCGCCUCAACCAGGCCAUGAACCAUAACGCCGUCGACAUUGCUCGUAUUCAGGCAGGACUUGAUGUUCGUACCACUAUCAUGCUCCGCAACAUCCCCAAUCGCGUUGAUCAAACCAUGUUGAAGAAUCUCCUUGAUUGCACCAGCCGUGGUCGCUAUGAUUUCAUGUACUUGCGCAUUGAUUUUGCCAACAACUGCAAUGUUGGUUACGCUUUCAUCAACUUCGUCGACGCUCAGUCCAUCAUCCCCUUUGUCCUUGCUCGCGCCGGUAAGCGCUGGAACUGCUUCGCCUCAGACAAGAUUGCCGAAGUCUCCUACGCCACCAUCCAAGGGAAGGAUUGUCUUGUUCAGAAGUUCCGCAACUCCUCCGUCAUGCUUGAGCAUCCUGGCUUUCGUCCCAAGCUCUUUGUCGCUGGCAACACCCCGAAUGCAGGCGUAGAGGAGAAGUUCCCUGAACCUGACAACCACUCUAAGAUGCGUCGCUCAGUUGAGAACGCCGAGCAUGUUGGUCUGUACCUUCCUCUUGGUGCGCAUCUUGGCUCGUACCCUUAUCGUCGUCGCCGUUUCUUGCGUCGCAACGAAGUCGCUCUUGAUGAGGCUCGCCGCAACGGUGUCUACUUGCCGCCUGCGCGUGCCAACAAGCCCAAAGAGAAGAUUCCGCCCAAGGCUGUUCCACCCAAGGCUGUUCCUGCCAACGCAUCCCCAACACAUCGCCGAGUUCCAUUCUUGAUUGACACUCGCAAUCCUUAUGACCCGUUUGCCGGCCGUGCCGGUCGUCCCCGCCGCUACUCUCCACAAGGCCAGGUCUAUCGCGAAGAACAGCGUCGUCGUCGCUCUCAAUUCGACCGAGGCACCCCUGGUGCUGAGAACGAGUUGGGCGUUGCACCUCGCUAUCGUCUCCAAGAUCCUGCGCUUGAACACAUGGGCAAUCUUCAUCUUCAACGUUAUUAG